AUGACUGUAGGACACAAGCGGACUCGCAGCGAAGAGAGCGAAGACCGCGCGAGCCAAAUCGACGCCCUCUAUUACCCACACAUCAUCGAUGUUAUUCUGGAUUACGGCUCCAGGGACAACGCCGAGGUGCUCAGUCAAGUUUGCCGAGAUUGGAAAUAUCGCGUCCACAGGCGGCUCAGAUCGCACGUCUUGAUUUCCGAAGUUGAGAUCGAGGGCCGCUUCUGGGGCGACAAUGGAUGGGAGCUCACCACCGCGCGCCCACCGCAUUUGUUCGUGACAAUGUCCUCAGUCCCUCUGCAGCGCUCGAUCGAUACUGGGAGGGACCCCCUGGAACACUUGACAGCUGAAAGGCGGGAGGGAAUCCACGCGGUCGACGUCCGUGCUCUCUUGGACACCGACUACCACUACCUCAAGUUCAUCGAUGCGCUUCCGAAUCUUCACACCGUUAGGCUGGCGGCUGGAUCAUUGCUGCGCAACGUCGGGAGGCUCUCGCACAUUGAGCGUAUAGUCGUUAGCGACCCAAUCGACCUGCCGCAAGGGUCAGGGCCAUCGCCGGCCCCGUGCCGGAGAAUGGACUGUAAACGACAACACACGAAGCGGCUCGUCAUCAACUUGACCAAGCCGGCGUUGCAGCUUUACCCCUCUGGCGCACUCUUCGGCAGACCGCAGCCCGAGGAGGUCGUCAUCAUCCUGCACCCGUGGACCGAGCCGCCCUGCUUCCUCGCACUCGACCCACAAGCGAUUGCAGUUGUCAUCGCUGCCCAUGCCCUCAGCACCGGGAGCCAUGUCACGGUCGUAAACCCAGAGCACAUCGACCUGUGUACUGGCGCGUACAUCAGUCAUUUCUCGCCGAAUCUGAAGGGCGCGGCGAUGGAGUUCGCGAAUCUCCUCUGGGAGGAAGCAAGGAGACGUCACGGUUCGGUCGAAAGUUGGAUAGGGCGGUUGCACUUCUGCACGGCUGGGGGUUAUGCCGCCGCUGUUGGGUCCGACGAAUUCGAACUGGAGAGCAUGCUUGAUUGGGAAUGGAAGCGCCGGGUGGACCGCAAGCUUGCAGCGCAUGUCUCAAUCAGCGCACUUAUGGGAGAUCGCAAGGUUGACGAGGGGUCUUACAAGGCCGCAUUCUGGCAGGUGAGGUCCGCCCGCGCACCCCAUGCACUGUUCGCCGAGGGCACUGUGCCUGUACAGUUCGCUCCCAGGAUUGUCAGCAUUCAGCUAGAAGACUUGGUGUCCCAUGAUGGCUUGGGACAUGUGAUGGAAGUGGCAGACAUCCAGUUCGAUCAACCCGAGUGGUUGUGGAAGUUGCUCAUCAGUGGUCUGCCCAAUCUACGCACUGUGAGGUUCGGGCUCGGCCGCUUCAUGCGCAGCAUAGGAGCUCUCCCGCACACUGAACGGAUCAUAAUGGAUAGCCCCGUUGAGGAUCGCUUCUUGAGUACGCCGAUAAGGUGCCACGACUGCCCAGGACCACACACGAGUAAGAUCGUGGUCAACCAGCGCGACCCCGAAUGGGAGAUAGGGCGCACGGGCAUCAUCUCAAAGCUGCCUGCUGUGCAAGAGGUCGUCAUCAUCCUCCAUCCCUGGACAAUGCCGCCCAAAUCUCCCAGUGGACAGGACCCACGCUAUGGGUCGACGGCCAUUGCUGCUAGAGCGCUUCUCGACGGACGGAGGGUCACGGUAGUGAACAUCCAGCAACUCGACUUUCGCACAGGCGUGCCCGGAGGACGGUACCCCACCACCAGCGUGUAUGGCGCUCUGCAGUUUGUCGAGCUUGAUUACAUCGAGGAGAUAGGGUGGGAGGCAUUUCAACUCGAAGCCAUGCUCGAUUGGAACCCUGUGAGCCUUAGUAGUGCGCACGAGACUGGACUUGAGAAGCCAAACGCGAAAGCCAGCGUCCCUCGAACGGCGACAAAGCGCAGUCCCAGCCGUGAGCACCCGUACUAUCCCCACCUGAUCGACUUCAUCCUCGACUUCUACGUCGAAUCCGACUUGAAUGCGUCUCACCUCCGGCUCGUGUGCAAGGACUGGCGCAGGCAGAUCGAUGAGCUGCUUGCUCGCUUCGCGGAGGUCCAGGUGUUCACCGGGCCCAGGAUGCCCGGCAAGUCGGCGCGGCAACUGUGGAUGGUGCGCUCGUGUCGCAGCCCCCAGGUGACUCUGAGCUUGACGCCCCUUCACCUCAAGCGCACGGAUGGGAAUGUAGAGGGACAGGAGACUGACGGCCCGGAGAAUCCAUUCCUCUUCAUGCCGAGCUUCAUUGGUUCGUCGAUCCGUAUCCUCAACCUCGUUGCUCUGGUCGAUUUGCAGCCGACUGAGCGCAUCUUUGGCUCGUUGCCCAACUUGCAUACCGUCAUCCUGCACGCUCCCAACCUGGACUAUGCCUGUGCCUUUGCCCAUAUCGACCGGAUCAUCUUCUCCCAGGCGCCUCGGCCGGGUCGAAGAUUGGAUGAGAAUUAUGAUUCACAUCCGUGCCGGUUGGUGACAGGAGUCUCAGACGCCCGAACACCACAACAGUUGCAGCAAGGCAACCGGCCGUUAUGCUCCAGGAAACACACUCGCAAACUCGUCAUCAAUCAAACGGCGUCCUGCUUUCAGUAUGCCUUCGUGCAAGUCUACACCCCGCCUGUCCAGGAGAUUGUCAUCAUCUUGUGCCCAUGGACCACCAGCGUGACCCGCGUGCUGGCCGGCUUCUCCGACCCCAGGCAGUGUGUAGUCCCGUUCGUCCUGCGCGGCCUCCAAAUCGGCGCCAAAGUCACCAUCGUGAAUCCGGAGCAGCUCGCCUUCGAGUCGGGCGCCCCUACGAGUACCAACCGGCCCAAAAAAUUCACCAAGAGCUCCGCUUCGCUGAAGAGCAUGAUUGAGAGAUUUGCGUCCCUUAAGCCCCCACGGUUCCUUGCACCUCUGUCCGACCCCGAGUGCGAGCGCGCCGUCUUGGACAUACAGCGGCUGUUGCGCAUCAUCGACACACCAACUUAUGUCCAGGAAAUCGGCUGGCGGGAGUUCGAGAUUGAGGCGUGCCUCCGGUGUCCCACCGUGGAGCUCGUGUAG